UUCUCUACUAUUAGUAGUGUCUGACAAAAUACAAAAGUGUGUGUCUGUGCUGUUGUGUGUGUAAACAAACCCAAAACCCAAACCCAAACCAACAAUUCAAGUCAUUUGAAGAAAAUAAAACAUUUUCAUUAUAAUUGUGUAUCAAUUUUGUGGUGUGUUUUUUAUAAUUGAUUGAUUAGUUAGUUAAGUGAUUCAACCAGUCAUAUACAUCAUAUACAUCAUUGGUUGAAAAAAAAUAAUAUAUAUAUCCAAAUAAUAAUAAUAAUAAUUACAUUAACUAAAUGGCCAGUAAUAGCAUUAACAACAGUAGUAGUAGUGGUAGAUCGUCGGGCACCGGUAUGUCGAUGCCUACUACUACUACCGCUACUCCUAUCCGAUCACUGUUUGAUCCGCGCGAGGAAAAGGCCGCCUGCGGUGUCGGCUUUAUUGUGUCCAUCGAUGGUAUCGCUUCUCAUAAACUUCUGGUCAAUGCCAGAACAUUGAGCGCCCGUAUGGAGCACAGGGGCGCCUGUAGUUGUGAUAACAGUACCGGCGACGGUGCCGGCGUACUGGCAUCCAUUCCCCAUCAGUUUUACGCUAAAAAAAUUAAGGACAGCCACGGCAUUGAUUUACCGGCACCGGGCAAAUACGCUACGGGUAUACUGUUUCUCGAUGCCAUUACCCAUAUACAGGCUGAACAACAAUUUGCGACGGUAGCCGCCGAUAAUGACCUUCGGGUAUUAUGUUGGCGUGACGUCCCCACUGAUAGCAACUGUAUCGGCGAAGUGGCCAAAAGUAACGAACCGUUGAUGCGUCAGGUAUUUGUUGCGCCAAAUAAUCUGGACAUCGAUGACGACGACUAUAAGCGAAAGAUCUUCAUAUUGCGUAAGUCGGCGACCCAUCAGAUCCUUGACGAUGGCCUCCGAUUUUAUAUCUGCAGUCUGUCCACUGAUACCAUUGUCUAUAAAGGCCAAUUCACGCCACCGCAACUCUGGCAAUACUUUAUCGACCUACAGGAGCAAACAUUCGAAAGCUAUCUGGCCUUGGUACAUGCCCGUUUUUCGACCAAUACCUAUCCAUCGUGGGAACGGGCCCACCCGCUACGCUACCUGGCCCACAAUGGCGAAAUCAAUACACUGCGCGGUAAUGUCAAUCUGAUGCGCGCCCGGGAGGGUGUUAUGAAAAGCAAAAAAUUGGGCUCAGAUUUGGCCAAACUUUAUCCAGUGGUCGAACCCGAUAUGUCUGAUUCGGGUUCCGUCGAUAAUGUAUUGGAAUUUUUGUGUACCGCCGGCGGCCGAUCGCUACCCGAAGCCGUAAUGACAAUGGUACCCGAGGCCUGGCAAAAUGAUCCGCUGAUGCACCCGGAUAAGAAACUAUUCUACCAAUGGUCCGGGUGUGCAAUGGAACCGUGGGACGGACCGGCUCUGUUGACCUUUACCGACGGUCGCUAUAUUGGUGCCAUAUUGGACCGAAACGGUCUGCGGCCGUCCCGUUACUAUCAUACUAAGGACGGCUAUGUUAUUAUGGCGUCCGAGGUUGGCGUUGUCGAUGUGACCAACGAUAAUAUCGUACUAAAGGGUCGUCUACGUCCCGGUAGAAUGCUAUUGAUUGACACAAAAGAAAAAGUUUUCGCCCGCGACGAGGAACUCAAACUGGCCAUUGCCCGCAAACGGCCACUCGAACAAUGGCUUCGGGAACUGUUCUCAUUGGACGAACUACGAUCGGCUCACGUAACCGGACUCAAGUCAUUCAAACGUAAGGCYGUCCUCCUGGAAGGCCGUAGCGAAGAUGAAGUACACGGCAGGGCUAAAGUACUGGAGGACAGGCGUCUGGCAUUGUUUGCCUAUACAACCGAAACAAUCAAUUUGCUAAUACUGCCAAUGGUUAAGACCGAAAAAGAGGCACUCGGGUCGAUGGGCAACGAYUCACCCUUGGCCUGUCUGUCCCUGUGUCAGCCCCUGAUCUACGACUAUUUUAAGCAACUGUUCGCACAGGUAACCAAUCCGCCGAUUGAUCCGUUCCGCGAACGUGUAGUCAUGUCGCUGGCCUGUCCGGUAGGUCCCGAAGCCAACAUACUCGAGUCGUCGGCCGAACAAUGUCGCCGAUUAUGGCUCGAACAGCCCAUACUGUCCAUYACCGACYUGGAUAUCAUCAAAGARACGUCGUAUCAGGGCUGGCGUACAAAAGUCAUUGACUGUGUAUUUCCGAUACAAGAGGGCAAACCCGGACUACUGCGGGCAUUGGAUCGUAUAUGCGAGGAGGCCUGUCAAGCGGCCAAACAAGGCUAUACACUGGUCGUACUGAGCGACAGGCGUGCCGGUGCCAARUUUGUCCCAGUUAGUUCACUGCUGGCACUGGGAGCCACCCAUCUACUGAUCAAUGCCCGACAGCGUAUGAAAGUCGGUCUGAUAAUGGAAACCGGCGAAGCUCGGGAAGUACAUCAUAUGUGCGUACUGUUGGGCUACGGKGCGGACGCCAUCUGUCCGUAUCUGGUAUUCGAAACUAUGGCCGCCCUGCGCGAGGAAGGCCUACUACAGUUGUCCGACGCGGAUGUAUUUGCCAACUAUGUGGCCGCCAUGGAACGGGGUAUAUCGAAAGUAAUGGCCAAAAUGGGUAUAUCGACACUGCACUCGUACAAAGGUGCCCAGAUUUUCGAGGCCGUCGGCCUCGGCGAGGAAGUCAUCGAUAAGUGUUUCAAAAAUACCGCCUCCCGAUUGGGCGGCGCCACUUUCGAGGUAUUGGCCGACGAAGCACUCGAGCGGCACUCGAUUGCAUUUGCCGAACAAUACUUUCGGGAUUCGCAUAUACUUCGCAAUCCCGGGUUCUAUCACUGGCGAUCGGGCGGCGAAAAACACAUUAACGAUCCGCUGGCCAUUGCCAACCUACAGGACGCUGCGGUAACCAAUUCGCGCGACGCUUACAAACAGUUUGUCGACAGUGCCAACCGAGCGGUGAAAGAUUGUACACUACGUGGCCAACUGGAGAUUGUCUACUCGUCCAAACCGAUACCGCUGGACGAAGUCGAACCGGCGGCCAGUAUUGUCAAACGAUUUGUUACCGGUGCCAUGUCGUUCGGCUCCAUCUCCUACGAAGCCCAUACAUCGCUGGCCAAAGCCAUGAACCGAUUGGGCGGUAAGUCGAAUACGGGCGAAGGCGGCGAAGAUGCCGAACGCUGGUCGACAGCCGAUCCAAUGAACAACGAACGAUCGGCCAUCAAACAGGUGGCCAGCGGCCGUUUCGGCGUAACGGCAGCCUAUUUGGCCAAUGCCGACGAAAUCCAGAUCAAGAUGGCCCAGGGAGCCAAACCGGGCGAAGGCGGCGAACUGCCCGGCCAUAAGGUAUCGGUAGAGAUUGCCCGUACCCGCCAUUCGGUACCCGGUGUCGGUCUGAUAUCGCCGCCGCCGCAUCACGACAUCUAUUCCAUUGAAGACUUGGCCGAACUGAUCUACGAUCUUAAAUGUUCGAACCCGAAGGCUCGCAUUUCGGUCAAAUUGGUCAGCGAAGUCGGUGUCGGUAUAGUGGCAGCCGGAGUAGCCAAAGGCAAAGCCGAACAUGUUACGAUUUCGGGUCACGACGGCGGUACUGGUGCAUCGUCGUGGACGGGUAUCAAAGGUGCCGGCCUACCAUGGGAACUGGGCAUUUCCGAAACACAUCAGGUACUGGUGGCCAACGAUCUACGAUCGCGUGUCGUAUUGCAAUGUGACGGUCAAAUCAGGACAGCUUUCGACGUAAUAGUGGCCGCACUGCUCGGUGCCGACGAAUUUGGGUUUUCCACUGCACCGCUCAUAGCCCUGGGCUGUAUAAUGAUGCGUAAGUGUCAUCUGAAUACCUGUCCGGUUGGUAUUGCCACCCAAGACCCGGAACURCGCAARAAAUUCGAAGGCAAACCCGAAUAUGUGGUCAACUAUUUGUUUCUGUUGGCCGAAGAGAUUCGCCAAGAGAUGGCCAAACUUCGGAUCCGUAGAUUUCAGCAACUGAUCGGCCGUACGGAACUGUUGCGCUUCAAACCCGAUCCCCGCAACCCGAAGGCCAGUCUACUGGACUAUACGAUGAUACUGUGCAAUGCACUAUCGUUGCGACCUGAAACCAAUAUUAUCGGCGGAUCAGUGGCCCAGGACUUUCAACUGGACAAUCGAUUGGACAACAAAGUCAUAUCGGCUGCCAAAGACAUACUCGACGGUAACAAUUCAAAUCCUAUUGAUUUGUCGCUGGCCAUUGCCAACCAGGACCGUGCUUUCGGCGCUACACUUAGCUAUCAUAUUGCCACACGUUUCGGCGAACAAGGUCUGGCCCGUGAUCUGAUUACAAUCAAAUUUCUCGGAUCUGCCGGCCAAUCGUUUUGCCUGUUUCUGGCCAAAGGUGUUGUCGUUGAACUGGAAGGCGAUUCCAACGAUUACGUUGGCAAAGGUCUAUCGGGCGGCGAAGUGAUUGUCUAUCCGCCCAAAGAUAUGCCCCAAGAAUUCCGAUCGCAGGACAACAUUAUUGUCGGCAAUGUUUGCCUAUACGGCGCCACUUCGGGCAAAGCCUUUAUCAGGGGUGUGGCCGCCGAACGAUUCUGUGUCCGCAAUUCAGGUGCAACGGCUGUCAUCGAAGGAGUCGGCGAUCACGGCUGCGAAUACAUGACCGGCGGUGUGGUUGUCAUUCUUGGACCGACUGGCCGUAACUUUGCUGCGGGAAUGUCCGGCGGAAUCGCUUACGUAUACGAUAUUGAAGGCAAGUUUGCCUCGAAGUGCAAUCAGGGAACUGUCGAUCUGUUACCACUUGAAGACAAAGCGGACAUCGAUUUGGUUAAGUCGUUGCUGAAAGAGUUCAACGAAAAAACUGGUUCCGAAGUGGCCGACGAACUACUGAAACAAUGGGACAAUCAGUUGGCAGCGAAAAAGUUUGUCAAAGUUUUUCCAACCGAUUAUCAGCGAGUUCUUCGCGAACAACGCGAAGCACUGGAAGCCAGUGUCCAGCAAAAGACAAUCGCCGCCGAAGACAACGAUAAGUCGGAUAAAUCAUUGGCUGAUGUUAAGGACAUCGAAGACUCGGUUCCCGAUCAGACAAAACUSGAYAAAUUGCGCGGAUUUAUGAAAUACAARCGAAUCAAAGGCUAUUAUCGGGACGUAAAUCGUCGGACAAAAGACUGGAACGAAAUAUUUGACCACAAGUUUAUCCGCGACAAUGUCCGGACACAGGCGUCGAGGUGUAUGGAAUGUKGUGUAYCGUUUUGCCAGUCCUCACACGGCUGUCCACUCGGCAAUAUCAUCCCCCGUUGGAACGAUUUGGUCCAUCAGGACGACUGGUACGAAGCCAUGAAACAGUUGCUGCAGACCAACAACUUUCCCGAAUUUACCGGYCGKGUAUGUCCGGCACCGUGCGAAGGUGCCUGCGUUCUGGGUAUCAACGAACCGCCGGUGGCCAUCAAAACCAUCGAAGUGUCCAUCAUUGAAACGGCCUUCGAACGCGGCUGGAUCAAAGCUAAUCCGCCGAAACUACGAUCGGGCAAACGUGUGGCCAUUAUCGGAUCGGGACCGUCGGGCCUCGCAUGCGCCGAUCAGCUGAACAAAAAAGGACAUUCGGUUACUGUUUACGAACGCAACGACCGUAUCGGCGGACUCUUACAGUACGGCAUACCGACAAUGAAACUAUCGAAACAAGUAGUCCAGCGUCGGGUGGAUCUGAUGGCCGACGAAGGCGUCCAAUUCAAGCCGAAUACCAAUGUCGGCAAAGAUAUUACCGGCGAUGAACUGCUGAAAAACUUUGAUGCCGUUUGUCUGACCACUGGCGCCACUUGGCCCAGAGAUUUGCCGAUACCUGGCCGGUCGCUGAACGGUGUCUACUAUGCCAUGACUUUUCUGGAGUCAUCGCAAAAACAGUUGAUUAGCGCCGCAAACAAUGGUAACACUAAAUCAGCCCAAGUGGCCAAUCAGUUGACCGCCAAAGACAAGCGAGUUAUUGUUGUCGGCGGCGGUGAUACCGGUUGCGACUGUAUUGGCACAUCAUUCAGACAGGGCGCCAAAAGUAUCGUAUCGUUUGAGAUAUUGCCGCGACCUACCGAUGGACGCGAGGCCAACAAUCCGUGGCCACAGUGGCCACGAAUUUAUCGCAAAGACUACGGACACGAGGAGGUGGAACAAAAAUGGGGUUCCGAUCCGCGCAUAUUCGGUAUAUCCAGCAAAGAGUUUCUGGACGACGGCAACGGUAACGUUCGCGGUAUUCGCGCCGUACGUGUCGAGUGGUCGCAGGACGCGGCCGGCCGGUGGUCAAUGAAAGAGGUGGCCGAUUCGGAACAGAUCUAUGAGGCCGAUAUCGUACUGUUGGCAAUGGGUUUCUUGGGUCCCGAAAGCUAUCUGACUGAACAGUUGCGGCUGACCAAAGACCAGCGCAGUAACGUACUGACCAAAUCGGGUACCUAUCGUACGCCAAUGGAUCGUAUCUAUGCGGCCGGCGAUUGCCGUCGCGGUCAGUCACUGGUGGUGCACGCCAUCAACGAAGGUCGUCAGGCGGCCCGCGAAAUCGAUACCGAUCUCAAUGCCGGGUUUUCGACACUACCCGGACCUGGAGGUGUCAUACCGUAUCCGCCGAUCGGCGCCAAAUUGGUGGCCGGCUAACCGGGAUGGGUGGGUUUGUUUUUUUUUUGGUUUUCCCGACCGCCCGCCCGCCCGCUAGCGGGCCAAAAAACUAUUGAUAUAAAAAUAAUUUAUAAAUAUAUAUAUAUAUAUAAUGUUUUUUUUUUAUUUAAAAAAAUAAGUUUUUAGUGUUUUAUUAGACAGAGAGAGAGGUAAGAGAGAGAGAGAGAGAGAGA